CCUUUCUUGUUGGCAAAGCCAGAGUGAGAUCUGAAGAAGAAAUACGAAUUGAACUCGUUAGAUUUCGGUUCUACUUUCGCUCACCCUAAUUCUGUCGUCUCUCAUCUCCUGUUACUUGUCUCUCUGUCUUCGCUUCUCCAUUCGCCAUGACCAAGCAACAAGCUAACUGGUCUCCAUACGAUAACAAUGGAGGAACCUGUGUUGCGAUUGCCGGAGCUGAUUAUUGUGUUAUCGCUGCUGAUACCCGAAUGUCCACUGGCUACAAUAUUCUCACCCGCGAUUACUCGAAAAUUUAUCCAUUAGCGGAGAAAUGUGUGAUGGCCUCUUCUGGUUUUCAAGCUGAUGUGAGAGCUUUACAGAAGUUAUUGAAAGCAAGGCACUUGAUAUAUCAGCAUCAGCAUAAUAAGCAAAUGAGCUGUCCUGCAAUGGCUCAGUUGCUGUCAAACACCCUCUAUUACAAACGGUUCUUUCCUUACUAUUCCUUCAAUGUUUUAGGUGGCCUCGACAAUGAAGGAAGGGGUUGUGUUUUUACAUACGAUGCAGUCGGUUCCUAUGAGAAGGUUGGAUACAACUCCCAAGGUUCUGGUGCUACAUUAAUCAUGCCCUUCCUAGAUAACCAGUUAAAGUCUCCCAGCCCUCUUUUACUGCCUGCACAGGACGCUGUUACUCCACUUUCAGAAUCUGAAGCAAUUGAUUUGGUCAAAACUGCCUUUGCAUCUGCAACUGAGAGGGACAUAUAUACUGGAGAUAGGGUGGAAAUUGUUGUCCUAAAUGCUGGUGGCAUCCGCACUGAGUUCAUGGAACUCAGGAAAGAUUAAGCUCUAUCUAAAAACCUGCUGCUGGUGCCAGUGAAAUGAUACUAGGACCAUGGGGCUUCCCGUUGCGGGUCUUUUAGUUUAUUCUUGUGAUUGCUCUGUUGCUUGUAGAAGUGGAAAACUGCACUUGAUUUUAAAAGGAAAUGUUGAAGUAGUCAUUCCAGUUUCGAUCUUAAGUUUCUUGUAUGUUAACCAUGAUAUUGCCUGAUAAUAUGUAAUUGACUUCAUCCAAAAGUUGCUCUAUUUUGCCCUUCACUUGGCAAGAGGCAAUUUCAUGAAUGAUAGUGGUUUUCAUUAUUUAUAUUGAUUAUUUAAGGGGUAUUUGAUGCA